AUGGAAGAUAUAAAUGCUAAAAUGUACCAGACCUUGGAGGGCUUGCAAGCGGUAGAACGUUCUGUUAGUGAUUGUCAAAAAUCUGUUGAUGCUUUAAGGUAUGACCAUAUAAGGAGGGGUAAAUAUAUUUUUAAAAGGAGCACUGAAUUUUUAUAUCAUCAUUCAUGUUUCAACAUAUCGUUGAAAUGUCUAGUGUAAAAAAGGGUGCAACCAAGGACUGUUGCAUUGUUACACCUGUGAUGGUAUCGACUGUUAGGAGAGCUUAUUAUAUGAAUAAUACAGAUUAUAUAUAUAAUGUUGUCUAUAACGGUGACAUGGUCCACAAACACGAUUGUUUGAAUGAUGUUGUGAAAAAGCAGUUGUUUAUUGUGAUACCGCAUACGGGUUAUACCAGUUGGGGUCUAUUGAGACCGAGACGAUGUAUUUGUGUUCGCGGGUAAGAAAGAAAUAUUUUUUAAAAAAGGGUGUUUUGUUCAGAAAAUAAAUUAUAUUUUUUAUUUUUAUAGACUUGCUGAUCCUGAUAAGACCUCUGACUAUAUAUUUGAAGUUCCAGAGGAUGAAUAUUUAAGGGCUGCAGAAAACCCCAAUGAAACGGUAGCUUUUUGUGAGUUACGAAACGUAACAAAACCCAAGAAAGAUCUCAAGAUUGUCGACCCAUUAAGCCAGCAAGCAUAA